AUGGUCCUGGGCAUACUCACGGCGGUCGCAGCAUGCCCCGCAAUCAUUGGCACCACGGAGGCGGUCCGUCAAGGCCAGAGGCAGAAUGAACGCGAAGAGCAACGGGGCCGGAAAACCAAUCUUGUUGUCUCACUGCUGGAGCGCAGUGAGUACAGCUCUCUAUUCGACGGUGCUUAUAUCGUCCUCAAAGACAAUAAGCUCUGGGUCGACACGACGGGCGUAGCGCGAGGCAUGGAGCUGCAUUUGUUCGCAGGCUACUUCAUGCCCUACCCGCAUAAUGAUAUGGCACAACGCUGGCACGAAAGUGGCUUUCGUAAAGGCGAAGGCAUGGUGACCACGAUUUCCGAUGAUCCUCCGUUUCUGAACUGGGUUUAUGUUGAUUGUACCACGCAUGAGGUCAAAUAUGGCGUUCGUGCCGAUGCGGAGCAACACCUGGUCGGGCCUUGGGACGUCACGAAAGCCGAUAAGAGGCUCAUCUUCGAAGGAUGGGAAGGCUUCGUAGCGGUCCAGGAAGUCGAUGGCGACCCGCUAUGGGCGCUUUACUUUGAUGUCAAAGACGAUGGCUUGACCAGUGGAAACAGGAUUGGGAAUCAAAGCCUCCGGAUGCUGGCGCUUGAGAUCUGGCGUCGGGAGCGACGGCUGGAUCGGGAACAGGCCGUUGGUGAGCGAAUUGAGCGCAUCAGAAUGCGACAAGAAGUCGAGGCAGAGGCCAAGUCAGAGUCUACGACGGUGUCGUGA